AUGCCCGAAAUCUCCCAUCCAACUGAGACGGUUGGUUUCCUUCUCAAGUAUGAAACAGAUUCUGGGCAAGCUCAGAAGUUUUUAGCAGAUGACGGUGCCUUGAAGUAUGAUGAUGAAGCGGGGUUUAAUCUUAUCUCCUUCUUUGACAAUUUAGAUAAGAGCACAUUUAAUGAAUAUAAAGAUAGCUGGAUGAAAAAACGUCGCGAAGAUCUCGCGAAGCACCAGCAAGGACAAAUACGUGGUUAUGCUACAGGAUACGGCGAACCCUCUCGUGUUUUACUGCAUCAAUGUCAUUUGAAAUGGCAAUUGGAGAUAAUGUUGCUUGGCCAAUUUUUCUUUGUACACCAGCCGGAUCAAGGCUAUAAGUUCCUAAGAGCUACAGACGAAGAUUCUUAA